AUGCAUACACCCACCAACCGAUCGGGUAUCGUCGACCCAGAGGCUGCCCGUACAGCCCCAUCAGUUCAAGAUGAAGGCCCUGCACAGGCUCAACACGUAGGAACAGCUGGACCACCGCCGUCCGGUCGAAUGACCGACUUCUCCUGCGUGUAUUUCGGAUAUGGCUCCAACCUGUCGCCGCGAACCAUAAAGCAACGGUGCCCAGACUCAUUGUACAUCGGCCUGGCAGACCUGAAGGACUGGAAGUGGAUCAUCAAUGAGACCGGGUAUGCUAACAUUGUCCGGUCUCCUGGCGAUGUCGUCUACGGUAGUCUGUGCUUCCUCAGCCGCCGGGACGAAAUGGCGCUCGAUGAAAGCGAAGGGGUCCCAUGGCUAUAUGAAAAGAUGGAGCUUCCUGUCACACGUCUCGUGGCCGAUUCGGGCCAGUCAUCAGAUUGGACGCAAGGCGGCAAUAGCCUGCAGGUGACGGCAAUGACGUACGUGGACGUCCAGCGUAUAGCGGUAGGCAAGAUCGAGCGCGAGUAUGUUGUCUGGGUCAGGAAGGCGAUUGAGGAUGGUCGGUUGGCGGGCAUGCCAGCAUCGUAUGCGGAAAAAUACAUGGCCCCGUUUAUGCCGAGCGAGGGCGAGGGAGCGAAGCUGGAGGACAUAGUCAUGAUCAGAACGACCAGGUUCGGAGAACAUUCUGCGGGAAUCGUGCCGCGAGGCUUCGCGAGUUGGAAUCGUGGAUAG